GUCUGGUCAUAAAUUAAUCCGCCUGUGUGACGUGUUGCUGCUUAAUGAAGCAGGAUCUCCUUCCGCUGACCGUAUGUGCAGCGAGCAGUCUGAUAUCGCUGGGAGGAAAAUGUCUUGUGGGCUGUGGAAAGAGACUCUGGUUCUAGCAGAGGACUACCUGUUCCUGUGCAGCACAAGCCCACGGCCGGCCCCUCCACCUCCCAGCGAGUCAGCCGCUGCCAUGAGGCGCCUGGCCCAGGACAUGGAGAUGCAGCACCACGCUCGUUUCCACUUGCUGGCUCAGACCUUCCUGCGUCAGUGCGGGUUGGAUCCCUGCCCCAGCCUCAGGAAGGUGAUGGUGGAGCUGGUUGGAGAUGGACACUUAAACUGGGGGAGGGUUGUGUCCCUUUUUACUUUUACUGGGGUUGUGGCCAGACAGCUGUUGGAGCAACAGGGAAUCAAACCGGGGCUGGACCCUGGACAGGGUCCUGGACCAUGCAGGGGAUUGGCGGAGACCAUCGCUGAUUACCUGGGAGAGGAGAAGAAAGACUGGCUCCUGGAGAAUGAUGGUUGGGAGGGGUUGUGUAAGUUCUCACACAGCGUCAGAGAAGUGAAUUUGUCCAUGAGGACGGCGCUGUUUGCUGCUGCUGGGGUCGGCUUGGCUGGCCUGACUUUCCUUCUAGUGCGCUAGCUCACCUUUUACAUUUAUGCUCUCAUUUCCUCUGGCACAGCCAACUAGACCUUGAAAAAUUUAUUUUCCAUUCCUCCAAAAUGAGCUUAUUGUCAAUUGAAUUCAGGGUUGUGAUCUCAAGUCAUCAAGUGAAUGUUUGCACGUACUCUGACUGAUUUUUGUCGCUCGCUCCUUUAAGAUUGUAGACGACAUUUCAAUGCCUUGACAAAUGCUGGCGCCGUUGACAUCAGUUUGCAUAUCGUCCAUGUUACAUGCUAAAGCACAGAAACCUUACUGUCAGUUUGUUUUUUCAGAUGUGCAGCUAAAGACCUCAUUUCAGGUUCCUCACAGCUUUUGGUUUUUAAGCGAUCAGCUGCCUUUACUUCCUGUGGUAAUCUGAGUUGUCUGUGUGCUAUAGAUCAUUCUAGUGUACAAUGUAUAAAUUAAUAUAUUAUAUUUAUAUGAAAUUUAAACGCAAGCGGUAGCCCCUUUUUUUUCUUUGUCCCUGAUUGAUCCAUAGCUAAUUCAGCAGAUUGGUUGAGUUUGUCAGACAUUGUCACUGGAGCUGUGCAUGAGGUCAUGUGGACAGCCACACAAUGAUGCUACAAGUUGUGAAGCGUUUUUACAAACCAGGGACCAAUCUGACUUUAAAGAUGUUGGAACAGACUGUUGUGAUUUCUCAACAGACCUGCAUUAUAUUUUUACAUCAUUUUGUUCUAUUUAUUUAUGUGGGUGUUUUGUUUUUUGUUUUUGUAAUAAAAAGGUCCAACUGUGAAAUUUG